AUCACAAAAUGGCUGCAUCCGACACAAUAGUUUUGGAGUUCGAUAGAGCUAGAGCUAAGUUUAAGGAUGUGCUUGAAAAAUCCCUUGGAACAGGGGAUGUUGAAAGUUUAUUGGCACAAGUUGAAGAAUACCAGGAUAACAUUGGACUUGAAAAAAGAACAGUCUUGGAUCAGGUUUUUCGAGAUAUCCUGUGUCGAAAAAUAUCUGAUGUGUCAAAUGCUGGUGUUCUAAAGACAGUCAUAACAUUUGCUAUUCAAGCUGUGAAACAAGAUAUGUGUUCACCCUCAACACCAUUCCUCAUGAUGGCAGACAUCUUUGAUAUGCUGACAAUCAAACACUGUGAAGAUAUAUUUGACCUGGUGGAAGAUAAAGUCACUGUCUGGAAAUCUGAACCUUUCUAUGAAUCAGGAAAAAACUACCUCCUUAGAAUGUGCAAUGAUUUAAUUAGAAGACUCUCAAAAUCUCAGAAUACAGUAUUUUGUGGAAGAAUUCAAUUGUUCUUGUCAAGAUUAUUUCCUCUAUCAGAAAAAUCAGCUUUGAAUCUUGCAAGUCAGUUCAACUUAGAGAAUGUAACCAUUUAUGCCAAGCAAGAGAACCAAGGAAAUGGUGAGGUCAUGGAAGUGGAAGAUGUCAGCCAGUCUAGCUCAAUACCAAUCGACUACCACCUGUACAGAAAGUUUUGGGCCUUGCAAGAUUUCUUUAGGCGACCAUUGCUGUGUUACGACAAAACACAGUGGGAUGUAUUUUCACAAAAUGCAGGAGAUGUGAUGUCUAUAUUUGCAAGCUACAAACUGGAUGAUGUAUCGUCAAGUAGAAAGAAGGGACCCACUCAACCACAGGUGCACAAACACGCACAGAACUUUUUUGCCAAGUACUUGACCAGUGAAAAGCUUUUGAACUUGCAACUAAAUGACAGUAACUUCCGUCGAUACGUCCUUGUACAGUUUCUUAUAAUAUUCCAGUAUUUACGAGCAACAAUCAAGUUUAAAACCGUCAACCACACCUUAACAGAUGAACAGUCCGAGUGGAUCAAAGAAUCUCAAGAGAAAGUCAGUAAAUUACUUUGUGAAACUCCCCCUUGUGGAGAACAGUUCUGCAGUUUUGUCAAGCAUAUAUUGGAGCGUGAAGAGCAUUGGAACAACUGGAAAAAUGACAGUUGUCCAAAUUUCAUUAAAGAAAGGAAAGAACUUGUCAAGCCUAAAGCUAGACCAAAAAGAAAAAGAAUUGGAGAUGACUUACUGGCAUCAAAUGGGAAAUCUCUGAAACUGGGUAACUCUGAAUUGACAAGGUUAUGGAACUUGAAUCCUGACAACAUGGAGGCAGCUAAGGCAGAUUCACGUGUGUUUUUACCAAAGUUGGAUGACUUCUUUGCUAAUGCCAUAGAACAGGCUGACCCAGAGGCUAUGGUAGAAGAGCAAUACAAGGACAUCAACCAACAGAACUUUCAGUGGAAAGCGUAUCGUCUGCUUGCACGAUCCUCACCUCAUUUCUUUGUCCACACCAACACCCCUGGCUUGCCAAUAACUGUACAUUUGAAGGAUAUUGUGGAUAAGAUGGCCAAAGAAAUCAACCCUCAGCACCAUAUGGCUGAGCCCAAGACUGUAAUGGCUGUUGCUGACGAGGACGAUGACAUCAAAGACAACAAUGAGGAUCAUGAUGAAGAGGACAUGAGAAAUGAGCAGGAUGAGAGCAGUCCACAACAGCAUCUGACCAGGGACCAGAUCCGCACAGUGGCUGACCAGGUAGGAUCUCAGUGGCUGGCCCUGGGGGAGAAGCUGCAGAUACCACCUGAUGAUCUGACAUACUUUAAGGAUUCCUUUGAUGGUGGGGCUGAGUCAGCAUUUAAUAUGAUAACAGUUUGGCAGGAGGAAGAUGCAGAACGUGACUCUAUUAUGCUCAUAAGAGAUGCCUUGACUGAACUAGGGCUAGGACAGAUCUUUGAUGCAUUUAGUUCACCUUAACCAAAGCCGUUUUGUUGUAGGAUACAUUUAUAGCUUAUGACAAUAAACAAUGUGUUGGUAACCAUGUUAAAAUUUUAUGUACAUAAUUAUUUCGUUGGUUGUUAAAAAAGUAAAUUAUGGUUGAUGUUUUGAAACCAAACUAAUAUGUAUGUUGAAGUUAUUUGCAGGUGUUAAAUCAUUUGGGCAAUUAUUUAAUUAUGGCAUCAACAAUUUUGCAAAAUAAAAAUUGACUAUCUAAGUAAAAUUCUAAAAGUGAAAUGUUUAAGCUUUUUGUUUCUUGAUAAAACAAAUAAAUUUG